AGCCGCUGCGGGAGUAACGGCUGCGUCGGCGCGAGCGAACGAGCUGCAGCUCGGCAUCCGGGGCCGGUUCUCACCUCGAUCCCUUCACUUGCCUCCCCCCCUCCCCUCCCCCACCCUUCCCUCACCCCUAUGGCCGACAUGUCCGCGGGCAGCGGUUGCUGUGCCUUAGGUUCAUGGGCACCUGUGCCGCUGCGCCUCCGGGCUUCUCUUCCCCCUGCUCCCGGUGUGACAGUGGCCGCGUGAGACACCACCCCCCCCCCUCCCCUCCCCAACUUGCAGCAUUUGUUUGGAAGGAGGAGGGGGGAAAUUGUAUUUUUUUUUCCAGACAUUAUCAUUCGAUUUGUGCCGAUUGUAAACCAUGAUGAAGACAGAGGCUUCAGGAGAGAGAUCGACCCUCCGCAGUGCCUCGCCGCACCGCAACGCUUACCGGACCGAAUUCCAGGCUCUCAAAAGCACCUUCAGUAAAGGCGCCGGCAACGCGGGGGCGGCGGCGGCGGCUGCGGUCCCCGGAGGCGAUGGGAAGGCGAGGGAAGGCUCCGAGAACCCGCUGCAAGCCCGGGGAAGAAAAUAUGGCUCCAAUGUUAACCGGAUCAAGAACAUGUUGUUUAUGCAGAUGGGCAUGGGGCCUGGCGAGGACAACGGGGCAACUGCCCGCAGCAAAGGGGCCCGAGGGGCUUCGUCGUCCCCGCACCGGAGGGUGCGAGCCCGGGAUGCGGCGGAGGUUGCAGCCGGCCCCCGGGUCAAGCCGGCCGAUCGGACAAGUCGCAUCGACGCCAGUCGCGACGGGCCAUCGACCUACUCCAAAUUUUCCGAGACCCGCAAACUGUUCGAGCAGAGCAGCCGCGAAUCGCUGACCCUUUCUCACCAGUGCUCCCCCAAAAGGGAGCAGAAGGGCUCCCAGGACCAACAGCUGGACGAGCUGCAGGCGAUCGAUGGGCCCCGCUCCCAUCGGGGUAGCACCGAGUCUCUGGACAGCACCAGCCCCAGGACAGAAUCCGUGUCUCCCACCGUCAGCCAGCUCAGUGCCGUCUUUGAAAGCACCGAGCAACAAAACCAGGGGGCGGGCGAAAGCGGGCUGCACGGUUCCUCGAAAAGCACUGAACGACUGAGCGAGGAGCAACCCCCAGACUCCAAAAUAUCUGUCACCCAAGGUCAAUACAAGAAUUAUUUUGUAAACCAGGAUCCUGGAGGUUUACCGAAGACGCGUGAAAAGCAGCCUAACAUUGCCAGCUAUGCGACAUUUCCAUCGGAGACGGUCAAAACAGACCUUCCUUGUAACCAGAACAGUGCAAUGGAUGAAAGGCAAGCUGAACCCGGAGCGCAUGUUGAUGUGGAUCAUCAUGAUCAUCGGCAGGAACACGGCUCCAUUGCACAGGAUAGUUAUAACUUAGGGAAACACGCAAACAUUGCUAUGGACGUGAAACAAAGCAGCGUUGCUUCUGAUUUUCCAAAUAGCGAUGCGGUUGCAGAUGGAUCAGGUAAGCGAGGUUCAAUAGCAAGCGAAAAUUCCUCAGAGGAGAGUACAACUGAACAUUCUGGGAUUGCAGUCACAAAUCGAUCAGUUGACAAAACCGGCGGGUUGGAAUAUCCCAGAAGCGAAUCUAAAAUUCAAACUCUGGAGGCUGAAGGCUGCAGUGUGGAGUCAGGAGAUGACACUGGUUGGGAGCACACUUACGAGGACUCAGAGGAGCAAGUGGAUAGCGAUGAAAAUAAUUAUGAGCCAAAUGUGGAAUGUACAGAAGUAAAAGGAUUAUCCGAUGAAGAUAAUAUUCCACCGAAAAGGAAAGUUAAGUUCAGCACAGCUCCUAUCAAGGUUUUCCAUACAUACUCUAACGAAGACUAUGAUAGGAGAAAUGAUGACGUGGAUCCAGUUGCUGCAUCUGCUGAAUAUGAACUGGAAAAACGAGUAGAGAGGCUUGAUCUUUUUCCUGUUGAACUUGAAAAAGAUGAAGAUGGUCUCGGCAUCAGUAUUAUAGGAAUGGGAGUUGGAGCAGAUGCAGGAUUAGAAAAACUAGGAAUUUUUGUCAAGACCGUUACAGAGGGAGGAGCAGCUCAAAGAGAUAGCAGGAUCCAGGUGAAUGAUCAGAUUGUGGAAGUGGAUGGAAUCAGUCUGGUGGGUGUUACUCAAAGUUUUGCUGCCACUGUUCUGAGAACAACUAAAGGCAGUGUUAGGUUCCUGAUUGGACGAGAGAAACCUGGCCAGAGCAGUGAAGUUGCUCAGCUGAUCAGCCAAACCCUGGAGCAGGAACGACAUCAACGAGAACUGCUGGAACAGCACUAUGCUCAGUAUGAUGCUGAUGAUGAUGAGACAGGAGAAUAUGCCACUGAUGAGGAGGAUGACGAAAUGGGCUCAGUUCUCACUGGUGGUGAAAUGGCGAUUGAAGUGUUUGACCUGCCUGAAACCGAUGAUAUGCUUUCUCCUACAGAGGUGGACGCCAACAAGAUUGCUCACAAAUUCAAAGAGUUACAGAUUAAGCAUUCUGUUACUGAAGCUGAAAUUCAGAAAUUGAAAACUAAGCUUCAAUUAGCAGAGAAUGAGAAGGUUCAAUGGGAAAUGGAGAAAACACAACUCCAGCAGAGCAUUGAAGAGAACAAAGAAAGAAUGUUGAAGUUGGAGAGCUACUGGAUUGAGGCACAGUCCCUGUGUCAUACAGUCAACGAACAUUUAAAAGAGACCCAAAGCCAAUACCAGGCCUUAGAGAAGAAAUAUAAUAAAGCCAAGAAACUAAUUAAAGAUUACCAGCAGAAGGAAAUAGAAUUUGUUAAGCAUCAAGAUGCUGAAAGAAAGAAAUUUGAAGAAGUUGAAAAACUACAUGCAGCAGAAGUUCAGAAACUUCAGAGUAGGAUUACAGAUCUGAAGGUUGAGCUUCAAAAAUUAACAAGAACAAAUGGGACUCAAAUGAACAACAACAAUAACAUCUUUGGAGUGGAGCAGGAAAAGAAAACAACACUCAUGGAUAUAAUAAGAGAACCUCCACUUAAAGCUGUUGAUAGCUUGAUAAGAGUGCAGGAGCACAACCUUGAUGGUUCAACUGAAGAAGUUGUUGAAACUUCAACUAUGAAGUUAGGUGACCCAGAUGAGGUUUUUGAUUUUAAUGAAGCAGUACCUGAAACACAGAUAUUAGAUAGCAAAGUACUAAAAGCUCGAGCACAUCUUUCGGGGAAAUCAAAGCGACAGCGACCCUCGAGGUCCAGAAUGCAUGACAGUGUCAGUUCAACUGAUGGUGAUGAUAGUCUUGAGCGGAAGCCUUUCGAUAGUUAUGGAAGUCCCACACACAUUUCCAGAUCCUCUCUGCCAGCAUCCUUGAGGACUUGUUCACCAGCAUCUGAUUCUGGAGCCUCAUCAUUAUCUCCAAUAGCCAGCAAUGCAGUCUUUUCAUUUGAUACUGCAGUUGAAAAUCAAGCUCUGGGAGAACAUAAUCAGCGAGUUUUGACAUCAUCAGAGCGACUUUCAGAAGAUUCUGUGGGAGGAACCACAACUUCAUUGUUAUCAAAUUCUUGUCACAGUGCUACAUUGUCUCUCUUGUAUCAUAUGGAUAAACAUGGCAAAAUGAGAAAAGCUGAAGAUGACAACAGAGGUAUUUCUUCAGCAAAAGUUAGUCCUCCUAUGAAUCAAAAAGAGAACACAAAACAAAGAUUUGUUGACUUUGGUGUUCAGUCACAAAAGAUAUGUAGUAAAGGGAAUAAACAAAAGGACAAGGAAAAGGAAUCCAAUAGACUCUCAUCAGGAAGCAGGAUCUCGAAGGAUACCUUGGAUAGCUUGACAAGUACCAUUUCAGUAGGAGAAACAUCUUCCUCUGUCUCACCAUGUGUACUUUUAUCCUGGUUUGGAGAGAGUGCUGGAGGAUACAAUUCUUCCAGUAAUAUGCCAUCCCCAAGCAGUUCAACAGAACCAUCUUCUGAGAGCCUCAGCCCAGAAAAACAGAGAUAUAAGAUCCUCGAUGAAGGACAAUCACCAAAACACAAUCAGUGGAAGACUCGUGCUGUUUUGGAUUGGAGCACCCACCAGGUUUCUCAUUGGCUUAUGGGACUGAACAUGGAACAAUAUAUUCCACAAUUUACUGCCAAAGGCAUUGAUGGAGAACAGUUGCUGCAAUUGGAUGGAAGCAAACUUAAGGCAUUAGGUAUUGUAUCUCAAGAUAGGGCCAUAAUUAAAAAGAAGCUAAAGGACCUAAAGUCAUCAGUUGAAAAAGCCCGUAAAGCACAACAGAAGUUAGAGAAACAAAGGGAAAAACGGAGAAAAAAAGAACAAGAGCAGCUUCUGAAAAAGAAUAAGAAAAGCAAAUCUUCAUUUCCAGCAGCAGAACCUGAUACUGAAUAAGACUGGUAGAAAGUCUGGGUUAUUGACAAAGACUUAAAAGGGUUUUAGUCUUAGCCCAGCAUGCAGUAUCCUGUGUGGCAGAGCCAUUGAUAUGUACAGAUUUUAAGAAAAAUGCACUUCAGAUCUCAAUUUUUCCACACUUCAGAGUUAGUGAUGUUUUGGUGGCGACGUAAAAGCACCAAAAAUCAGUGGCAUUUUUUGUACUACUGUUAAGUUUACCAUUCCACAACUGGCAACUAUGGAAGACUUUUGUGAUUCCCCUUGCUUUAGCAUUAAACUGAAUGAAGCCCAAAGGAAGCAUCUGCAGAUGUAUGACUGUCCAAACAGCUCGUCUGACAAGGUAUCAGCUAAAAAAGAGUUUGAAAGGAUCAUACAAAAUACAGCCAUCUUUCUGGAUUGGAAAUGAUUAGAUUUGGAAGUUAAGACCAUACAAAUAUAUCUAUUUUCAUGGAGUCUUUAAAAAAAAAUUGGGAUGUGGAUAAUUUUUGUCCCUUUUAAGUAUUUCUACAAGAAUAUUACUCAGUUUAAAUGAAAAUAAUGUUACUGUCAGUAUUUGUGUGCCUAUUUUUUAAGUCUUAAAAGAAGAAAAGGAACUUGGUCCUUUCAUAAACUGCUGCCUUUUUCCAGAACCUUCACCUUGGAGUUUAGUUCCCAAAUUUCUGCAUUAUAUGAAAUUACUGUAAAUGCAAAUGAUUUUCAAAUCAAAAUAUUUUAGUUGUUGCAAAUGAAAUGUUUUAACUGAAGAGGGCCUAGAAUAAGCAAUUUCCGAGACUUGCAUCUUGCACUGAAAUUUAAUGGACUUAAACUUAGCAGAAAGCUAUACCCACAGAAUACUUCUUGCGAUACCACUGUGUGAUGGACAAUAUAGCUGUGGAAUGGGUGAAUACCCAUUUUACUCCCAGUAAGAAAGCCUUUGCAAAGAUAUAAAGGAAAUUUUCACAAGUGGUAGAAUGUUUUUGUGCACUCCAUUGUUCUGCAUUGUAUUUAUAAGAUAAGUUUCAUUGAAAAUAGCUGAGGGUUUCAGUACUCCUUUUAAAGUCCCAUGUAGAUAACUGUUUAGUUGUGAUAACAAAGAUUUUCCAAAGUAGCAAUGUACAUGUACAUAACUUCAAGGAAAUUAUAAAGAUGGGCCAAGAUAUAACCAUUUAUAAUGUUUCAAAAUUGAGUAUUAUCUGGCUGACUAACAAAAUAUACAGACAUUUAAGUGAAAGGAGGGUGAUUAAUUAAAUAUGGCCAGGUUUUUUUUAAAAACUGAUCACUUUUGUUGGAGAAUUUCUACAGAGCAUCAUCUUUUUUAUUCCACUUACAAAUUGCAUAAAUCCAAUGUUAUGUGCCAAUUCAGCAAAAUCAGUAGGAAAAUAAUAUAUUAAGGCUGUGGUCUGAUUAUAAAUUAAGGAAAUAUGAUCUAUAUU